AUGUACUGGCGCGAGAUUCAAUGCGCCGUAUCGGUUGACUUGGAUGACCAAGUCGUGGAUUGGGACCGUAGGAAGUUCAGUGUAGACUCCAAGGAGCUUGGCGGAUCGCUUGUUGAGACAUCUGCUGACGGCACGAUCAUACUUGUGCAUCAUACAGCCAAAAGAUACCUUGUGGAUGAAAAGGUUGUCGAUAUAAAUGUCGGUGAGCUUGAGCUGGCCAAUCUGUCCAUUAGUUAUUUGAGCUUCGCAUGUUUUGAGCGCAACAUCGACGGAAAAGAUCUGGAAGUGUUUAUAUCACUGGGAUGCUACGCAUUCUUCGACUAUGCCUACGCAUAUUGGUCAAAUCAUUUGGAUGCGUGUGCUCGCUUGGGAAAUUUGCAGGAUGAUCUAGAAGACAUCCGCGAAACAGUAGAGGCGUUCAUCGAAAUGCACUGGAUUAAACCACGAACCAAAACGACUGUCCGAAAGCCCUUCGAAGAGCGCUGGAAACCACUCGAGAGGAACAACAACCUCGAAAGGCUUGUGAUAGCAGGCUAUCUUGCACAACGAACGCUGAUCGCUUCAACGAGUCCUGAAGCGGGCUGCGAAGUUCUGUCACUUCGACAAACAAUGGUGAAAGUGCGCAAAAUCCUUGAGCAGGCAUGGACGACGACAGCUGACCAGGAUCGCUUUCGUUCAAUAUAUGGGGAUAACAUAUUCAAAUGCCCACGCGUGAACUGUGCGCGCUUCUACGAUGGAUUUGCAACGCAACAGCUCCGCGAUGAGCACGUACCAAAGCAUGAGAGGCUGUUCUUCUGCUCCUUCCAAGGCUGCGUAAUGGGCAAACUUGGCUGUACCACACUCAAAGAACUACAGAAGCACGAGACUGAGUAUCACGGCACGUUCAAUAUCGAUGAGGAGGAGCUCGAUUUUCCAGAGGCGCCAGUGAUGAAAUUAUCGUUCCAAUGCAGUCAGUGCGAUGCUAAAUUCACACGGAAACACAACCUCAAAAUUCAUAUGCGAAAGCACGACGCUACCCAGCAAAAACAAUUCAUUUGCCCAAGUUGCGGUAAGAGCUUCGCAAGACUGGGUGACCGGACCCGACAUGAGAGCACGACACACUCUACGGCAAAAUUCUUCGCGUGCGGUGGAACGCUCAAAAAUGGUUCUUCGUGGGGUUGCGGGCGUGAGUUCAAUAGGGGAGACAUGCUUGCCAGGCACUGGAAGAGCGAGAAAGGGAAGACUUGUAUUGGCCCAAAAGAACAGGAAGAGGCAUUAGAAACCGCGGGCACCAAUGCACCUGCGCUUUCCUAG